GCUGUGUUGUUCUAUCAGAUAGAGCUUUUUGAGUCUUCUAAAAAGGACUUGACGAUUUUAGCUUGAAUAGUCGUUCGCGUAAAGUGUAUUGUUAAUUUAUUUUUUUCUUCAUAAUUUCACCAACAAUGGACCAUCUUUAUCUGGAAAAGCCUACAUUGCCCGACGCUCUUCGCCCCUUAGGGAACUUUCCCCCCAGUUUAUGGGGAGAUCGAUUCUCCUCAUUCACUUUAGAUACCCAGUUACUAGAAAAAUACAGUAAAGAGGUUGAAGUGUUGAAGGAAGAAGUGAAGGAUAUGCUAGUACUAGAUCAUGACGAUGUUGGAGCAGAGAAGAUGGUUGUUCUGAUCGAUGCACUUGAACGCCUUGGUGUUUCCUACCUCUUCCAGAAAAAGAUUGGAGAGCUUUUGGAGAACAUGUUUCCAAAGUUUGAGGAAUAUAGUCAUGUUUUCCAUGAUAAUUUGUUCAUGGUGUCACUUCACUUUCGAGUGUUCAGGCAACAUGGCUAUGACUUGUCUUCCGAUGCCUUUAAAAGAUUCACAGACAAUAAUGGCGAGUUCAAGAAAACCAUAAGGAGUGAUGUGAUGGGUAUGUUAAGCCUAUAUGAAGCUACUUUUUUGAAGACUCAUGGAGAAGAUAUACUUGACAAGGCCUUUUGUUUUACAAAAGCUGGGCUUGAGUCCUUAAAACCACAAUAUUUAAGCUCAAAUUUGGCAGAACAAGUGACCCAUGCCCUGUACCAACCACUCCAAAGGGGAAUUCCAAGAGUUGAAGCUAGGCAUUACAUUUCUGUUUAUGAAAAGGAUGCUUCUAGGAAUGAAAAGCUAUUGAGGCUUGCAAAGAUUGAAUUUAAUCGGGUACAGAUGUUACACAAGGAAGAACUCUGCCACAUCUCCAGGUGGUGGAAAGAGUGGGAUCUGCAGUCACAUAUUCCUUAUGUGAGGGACAGAGCAGUGGAGUGUUUUUUCUAUUCUACAGCAGUUUGUUUCGAACCACAAUACUCUCUUGCCCGUUUGGUUCUCACAAAAACUAUGAUAAUGAUAUCUGUUCUAGAUGAUACCUACGAUGCCUAUGGUACCUAUGAAGAACUCAAAUGUUUGACAAAUGCGGUGCAGAGGUGGGACAUGAAUACCAUUGGUCAACUCCCUAAGUACAUGAAGGCAAUCUACAAGGCUCUCCUAAACGUUCAUGAUGAAAUUUACCAGGAGAUCAUGGCAACGAAAGAAAUAAACUACAGCGUCCAAUAUUUAGAAGAAGCGUACAAAGAAAUAGUAUUAUGCUACGACAUUGAGACUGAGUGGUUAAAGAAAGGAUAUGUGCAAACAAUGGAAGAGCAUUUGGCCAAUGCUUUAGUAACCUGCACAUCUCCAUUGCUCACAACGGCGGCAUUUGUAGGGAUGGGAGAGAUUGCAGCCCCUGAGGCAUUCCAAUGGUUACAAUCUCAACCUCGAAUCCUCAUGGCUUGCUCAACAAUAUUCCGAGUCAUCAAUGACAUACAGAGCUGCAAGACAGAAGAAGGGAGAGACCACGUGACAACAGGAGUUGAAUGCUACAUGAAGCAACAUGGUGUUUCAAAGCCGGAGGCCAUUCGUGAGUUGUUCAAAAUAAUUGAGAAUGCAUGGAUCAACAUCAAUGAAGAGAUGAUGAGACCAACUAUGAUAUCUAGAGAUCUUGUCAUUCGAGUUCUCAACUUUGCAUGCCUUUACGGUGUGGUAUACAAGUAUAAUGAUGGCUAUACUCAUCCAGAAUGCGUCAAAGAUUCUAUUAUUGCACUUUACGAAGAUUCAAUCCCCAUAUGAUCAAGCAUAGUUAAUUUGGUGUUUGUUUCCAAAUUCAAAUGGGAAAUAAAUAAGUGGAUGCCGAGAUUUCAAUUUGUACUCUAUGUCCAAGAGCAAUUGUGAUGCAGAAUGGAAAUUGAAAUAAUUUAAUAAAUAGCAUUCUCUAAUUUUUCUUAUUUUUAUUUUAGUAAUUUCAUAAGGGAGUUUCAAUUUUAGGAAUAAGUGCUCGAAGAAGUAUUUAGUUUCCAAUGCUUGGUCAAGAAGAAUAAGGAUUGAUAUUAUUCCAUAUUUUUUAUUUCCUUUUUAGUAUUUUAGUAAUGCUCUACUAUAAAUUAAGAUGUAAGCCUUCUGGC